AGUCAGUAAGUCAGUCAGUAAGUCUCAGUCAGUAAGUCAGUCAGUAAUACUGACUGACUUACUGACUGACUGACUGAGACUUACUGACUGACAGACUUGCUGACUGAGACUUACUGACUAACUUACUGAGACUUACUGACUGACAGACUUACUGACUGAGACUUACUGAGACUUACUGACUGACUGACUGACUGAGACUUACUGACUAACUUACUGAGACUUACUGACUGAGACUUACUGACUGACUGACUGACUGACUGAGACUUACUGACUGACUGAGACUGACUGACUGACUAACUGACUGAGACUUACUGACUGACUGACUGACUGAGACUUACUGACUUACUGACUGAGACUUACUGACUUACUGACUGACAGACUUACUGAGACUUACUGACUAACUUACUGAGACUUACUGACUGACUGACUUACUGACUUACUGACUGAGACUUACUGACUGACUGAGACUUACUGACUCACUGAGACUUACUGACUGAGACUUACUGACUGACUAACUUACUGAGACUUACUGUCUGAGACUUACUUACUUACUUACUUACUUACUUACUUACUUACUGAGACUGACUGACUUACUGACUGACUGAGACUUACUGACUGACUGACUGACUGACUGACUGACUGAGACUUACUGACUGACUGACUGAGACUUAGACUGAGACUUACUGACUGACCGAGACUUACUGACUGACUGACUGAGACUUACUGACUGACUGACUUACUGACUAACUGAGACUUACUGACUGAGACUUACUGACUGACUGAGACUUACUGACUGACUGAGACUUACUUACUGACUGACUGACUUACUGAGACUUACUGACUGACUUGCUGAGACUUCGUGCCCACACAAAAACACAGGAGAUGUGCAUCAGAGAACUGCUCUAUGCUGAUGAUUCCGCCCUUGUGGCUAGUAAUGCAGUUGAUAUGCAGUAGAUCGUGGAUUGUUUCUCCUUUGCAGCUGAUAUGUUUGGUCUAAAGAUCAACAUGUCCAAGACUGAGCUGCUCUACCAGCCUCCUCCAAUGUCCACUGAACUGCCAGAGAUGAUUAUGGUCCAUGAUGAACCACUGAAGACAACCGAGUCUUUCGUUUACCUGGGCAGCACCGUCACAAACACCAACUCUGCAGAUCUGGAAGUGGAAAGGAGGAUCCAGUCCGCCACAAAGGCCUAUGGUGCGCUACAUAAGAGACUCUGGAGCUGUCAUGACAUCAGCACAAAAACCAAAGUGAAGGUUUACUCAGCUGCAGUCCUCCCUUGCCUACUGUAUUCCAUCGAGUGCACCACUCUUUACCACAGACACAUCAAGGCUCUGACAAGACUCCAGCUUCGCCAUCUACACUCCAUCCUCAACAUCAAGUGACAAGAUCGUAUCCCAGAUGUUGAGGUACUGCGCCGUGCACACACAGUCAGUGUUGAAGCCCUAAUAAUCAUGUCACAGCUUUGCUGGGCAGGGCAUGUACAUUGGAUGGCCAACAGCAGGCUGCCAAAAGCUGUGUUCUACUCGGAACUGCACCAAAGAAAAAGAAGCCAUGGAGGACAAAAAUUGUGUUUCAAAGAUGUCUUAAAGUGGCACAUAAAGAGAACAGGCAUCCCGCAUGAUACCUGGGAGGAAGAGGCACUCCAGAGAGUCAAAUGGCGAGGACUGUUGAGGAAGGCCACGUCAGCUGUAGAAGAGCUGCGCCAGCAAGAAUAUCAGUAUGCACAUGACCGACGACACUCGGCAGCUGCUCCAAGCAUUUUCCAAUGCAACAAUUGCCAGCGUUACUGCAAAUCCCAAGCAGGAAGGAGAGAACUGACUGAUGCUGCCAGAGUCUGAACCGAUGGACUGGACUUUGAAAAGCAGACGGUGUGACUAAAGUCACUGACUAAAGACAUCUUCAGGAUGAGAUGUCACCUGAAAAAGUUGGUACAGACACUCAUUGGUCUGCUCAUCCUUACGUGCUUGUACAUCAGUAUGAGGAGAGCACCAGGGACAGAGACAGAGCCCUUGGAUGCUGCCUGGAUUAUUGGGAAUUACAGCAGUGAGAAAUGCUCUGAGGAACCUCAGGAAAAUAUCCCAUGUCUCAGAGCUUCGGUUCGAGUGUUGGCAGGAGAUAUUCCGCCUCAGAAAAGAUACCUCACCGUGGGUCUGUCUUCUGUGAAGAGGAAGAAAGAGAAUUAUCUUCUCCAAACCCUUUCCUCCAUCUUCAAUCAGUCGUCAGAGGAUGAGCUUUCUGAGAUGGUGGUCGUGGUUCUUCUGGCUGAUUUUGACCUCAGUUGGGUUCAUCAAACUCUAACCAGCAUUACUCAGCGUUUCUCAAAUAGACUGAUCCAGGGUCAGCUUCUGGUAAUCCAUGCUGACAAGGAAAACUACCCUCCUCUGACAGGCCUGAAAAGGAACUUUAAUGAUGCUCCGGAUCGCGUGACCUUCCGCUCCAAGCAGAACGUCGACUACGCCUUCCUGGUGGACUUCAGUGCCAGGCUUUCAACGUAUUACAUCAUGCUGGAGGAUGAUGUGAGCUGCUCGAAAGGAUUUUUGUCCUCCAUUCAAGGUCACAUUCAUUCAAAAGGAUCUUCACCAUGGGUGACACUCGAGUUUUCCAAGCUGGGGUAUAUUGGAAAACUGUACCACUCGAAAGAUCUCCCUCGUCUCGCUCACUUCCUUUUUUUGUUUUACCAGGAAAUGCCUUGUGACUUUCUACUUUCACAUUUCCGCACUUUGCUCAUGCAGGAUAAGGCCAUCCGCUUUCGCCCGUCCCUCUUCCAGCACGUGGGAAUGUAUUCGUCUUUUCAGGGAACGUAUAAUCGCCUCAAAGAUGAUGACUUCCACGAUAAUCCUGCCGAUAACCCCCCAGCCACUAUUUACACUGAUAUCGAAGUUUUUAAAAACCACAAUCCGGAAGAAGCCUACAGUCAAGGAACAAACUGUUUCUGGGGCAAGACCCCUAUCAAUGUGGGGAACUUUUUUCUCGUGGCUUUCAAGAAACCAGUUAUCCUCUCACGUCUGGUGAUUCAGACAGGCCAGGAUGGGACGGACAUUCUUCACUCUGCUGACGUGGAGCUCGGGGAAACUGUCGUGGAAACAACAAAUGGAGUGAAGUGCACAGAAAUUCAUAAUUUAGGAGUCUUAAACAAGGGAUAUUUUGAGAUUCAGAACAUUCACGAGACAGUGAAGAGAUCAGUAUCAUGUUUAAAAAUCAGAGUGACUGAAAGUCAGUCAAAUUGGGUGAUUAUAAAAAAUAUUCAGGUCUGGGUAAAGAAGUGAACUUGGAUAUGGUGUCCAUUUUAGCAAGGGCUAGGUCAGUCCUUACAAUGCAGGGAGAAUGAGUAAACAUUUCAAGUCGGAGCCAAAUGUCUCGGUUUACAAUCAAGAUCACCUUUUAUUUCGUUAGUGGAAAAGGGUAAUGAUUUGAGUAAAUGGAGAUCCUCUACCUAAGAGACCAUCAACACACACAACAUCUCAUGAGACCCUGAAAUAAGCUUGAUUGCAUCGUUCCAUGAAUCCGAAAAUGGAAGUGAGUGAACCAGCACUGAGUAUGUGCUUUUUGUGCUGUAGAGUUUUUCCAAAAAUUCAUAAAUUUCUAAAAGUAGAUUUACAAUUUGAUAGGAUCUAAUUUUACUCAUGAGCUACAAAAAGAAAUGAUGAAUCAAAUAACAUUGGCAUUGUAGUAGGAAGGGGAUUUGAUAAAAUGGUGGCAAAAAUGAGCCAUGGCUACUACCAACUCACAUUAUUAGUGAUUAUAUAGAAUCUGUAAAAGUCGAACAUACACUUUACACAAUUUACACUCACCAGCCACUUCAUUAGGAACACCCAUAAUACACCACCCGCUGUUCCGUUUUCUGCAGUUCUGUAAUCAGCCGAUCCCUCUGCAUCAAAUCCCACAGAUACAAAUCAAGAGCGUCAGUUAAUGUUCACAAUGUUCAAACAUCAGAACGGGAAACACUGUGAUCUCACAGUGAAGUGUGACCUUCUCUCACUGUGGUAUGGGUGUUGGUUUGAGUCAGAUGGUGGUUGGUGGUUUGAGUAUUUCAGAAACUGCUGAUCUCCUGGGGUUUUCACACACAACAAUCUCUAGAGUUUACACAGAAUGGUGCAGAAAACACUGAGUGAGUGAGCGACAGUUCUGUGGGUGGAAAGUAAACAAACGCCUUGUUGAUAAGAGAGGGUCAGAGGGAAAUGGACAGAUUGGUUCGAGCUUUUUUGCCAGGAAGGAUAUAGUAACUCAUAUAAUCACUCUUUACAACCGUGGUGAGCAGAAAAGCAUCUCAGCAUGCAACAGCAGAACAGAAGAACACAUUGGGUUCCACUCCUGCAGCCAAGAACAGGGAUCUUAGAACCAACAACAAGUUCCUAUUAAAGUGGCCUAUAGGUGUAUAAUAUAAAGAGCUGGACUCUAUAUGUUUCUUCACUCAUGAGUUGAAUGAUGUUUACGAUCAGUAGAAUAUCUUCUAUGAACAUCAGUGUAACUUCCCGUUCUCAGGAAUGUUCUAAUAUACAUAUGCAAAACAAAUAGGUUCACUUAAAAAGCUCGAGUAUUUUGAAGAAGGGACCGGUGAAAUGAAUGAAAGGGAAUCAAGUCCGUGCACUUGGCAACAUGAUCAGUUCACACUCCAGAGGUUAAGAAGAACGUUUGGCUGAUGCAAAACAAGAUAAGACAAGAAAACAGGAUACACUUUCUCACAGGGCACUGGUAUGAGUAAACCGAUUUCACUUUCAAGGGAAAUGAUCAAGAAUCUCUCAAGUCCCCAAACCAAAAGGUGUCAGAAGCACUGCCAGGAAAGAGAGUUUGUGUUUCUUGUAACACUGACAGGUGGAAUGUGGAGAAGGCAGGAGAGUCGUCCCUCUCAGGGUUCAGUUCUGUUUAGAACAGGGUUUAUAUUAGUCCUAUGCCUUAGCCCCUUCACCUAUUGGACAGCGUCUUAUGUUUAGAGCAGAGCGCUGGGGAUGCACUUUUUUUUUUGGAAAUAAAAGUCUCAUGACGAGGCUAGAAAGGCUCUGCAAUGUUCUCUGUAGUCUAAUAAACACUGUGCUACAUUCA